UCUCUGUCCAGAGGAAAAAGAUCAGACAAUAUUAGAGAAUCCCGGGAUACAGAUUGAUCGUUUCUUGCUUUGUGGAUAAUUCGCCUUUCAUAGGAAGCUGUGCCUACAGAAUUUAGGAUAACACUGUUUGGACUUUACUUUUAUCUAAUGAUCAGAACCUGUUCUUAUACUCGAAAAAAAAAAGGGAACUAAGUACACACCUUAUUAGACUUCAGCAUUUCAGGUACUGAUGAGUCUACUCAACAAUGUUUACCUGGCUCUCACGUUAAGAUACCAGAUUCUUGUUCCACAAUUGGUCCUCAUCUACCAGCUGAUCUUCGAGGUAUUCAGUCUGCCGCAUUGUGUGAAAAAUUUGGUGGAAUCCGGACAAAAUAGACAAGUUUUCAAAGAUGGGGAGGAUGCCAGCAGCUUCCUGGGACGACGCUUGCUUUACAACCAGUUUGACUUUGAGAUGUUUGUCCCGGGAAACCUGGAGAGAGAGUGUAAUGAGGAACAAUGCAACUAUGAGGAGGCCAGGGAGAUCUUCGAAGAUCACGAUGCAACGAUGAAGUUCUGGAAAGAAUACUCUAAAGAUCCAUUCACUCAAGGGGUAAAAAUAGAUGUGGUUGGGCUCCUCACUGGCCUAAUUUCUGCUGGAACUUGUCUUGUUAUAUUUGGACUUCUUGGAUAUUAUUGGUAUACCAUCUACUGUACUGCAAGGCGACGCAGCCAAAUCCCAGAUGAUGAGCAUCAGUGCAGAAACAUCUCCUUCAGGUCCAGAAGAGAUGAGUUUCUUCCACUGCAACCCUUUGCUCCACCACCAGCUGAAACUGCGCCGCCAACCUAUGAACAAGCUGUGGCCAUGAAUGCCACAAAUGAGGUUCCACCACCUCCUUAUCCGGGAACUGAAAUUGACUCAAAGAUUUACCGAAAGUCUUACUCUAUUCCCGCUUCCCAAGUCUUUUGAACCUGAGCAACAUUCAUUUGUGGUGGCAUGUUAUGUGGCAUUUGCCAAGAACUU